AUGCGUGUUAGCGAGCAACGUUAUGUACCAAAGAGAAAGGCUCGGGAACCUUAUUCUAAACAGGAGUUAGUUGGUAGAGGUGCUUAUGGCUCUGUUUAUAAAGGUAUAAAUAACAACACAAACCAAGUUGUAGCCAUAAAAGUGUUAAAUUUGGAUACCGAAGAAGACGAUGUUGGAGAUAUUAUAAAAGAAAUAAAUUUACUUUCAUUACUUAAUAGUGAAUCGCAGAACAUUACUAGAUAUUAUGGAAGUUUCCUUCACGGUACAAAGUUAUGGAUUAUUAUGGAAUAUGCGGCUGGUAUUACUGUAUACGAAAUCACAACCGGUAAUCCACCAUAUCAUGAUCAAAGUGCAAUGAGAGCUAUUCAACUUAUUCCUAAGAAUAGGCCAGCUACACUUGAAGGUCCUUAUUCUGCACCAUUAAAAGAGUUUGUAGCCAUUUGUCUCAAUGAAAUAUCUGAAGACCGUCCGACGGCAGAUGAAUUAAUGAAAACUAAAUUCAUAAAGAGUUCCUCAAAGCAUCCAAAUGGAAUAUUGCGUGAUCUCAUUGCACGAUUUGAGCAAUGGAAACAAACAACCGGUUAUCGACAGUCUUUUUCUGAUCCAUACGGAACUCCAUCGAGCGAUUCUUACGAUUUUGAAGAUGGUCAAAAAGAAGAGGAGGAUGCAUGGGUAUUUGAUGUAAGGUCAUUACACAAUAGCGGUUCAGAUCAGUUGUCUCCUGUUAUCGAAGACGAAGAGCACAUGGGGUUAACGAUAGACAAUAAACUAAAAACUCAGGAGAACGAAGAUGUAGAUCGAACAAUUUUGCCCAAAGACAACACCGUCAGAUAUGGACGAAUUCUUGCUGACGGACUUCUUUCUCCUUCUACUCCGAUAUUUCAACGUAAAUAUUCAGAGUCUCAUCAUCCAUUACUCCAACUUUUUCAAAAUGAAGAAAAAACACAACUGGACAAUAUGUCGAAAGAAUCUUCACCAGCAGGUAGUUUUCGAAAUCCAACGAUAACUAUACCUCCUAUGAAUAUUAUGUCUCUGAUGCCGCGCAUGGAGGACUCACCUUCAAUAUCGAUGGAUAUGAAUAUAAAGUUAAACGAUGAUGGACUAGAAAACAAUUCUUUUGACAGAAAAUCGAAAUCAUCUUUAUCAACAUCAGAUUUAUCUUCUACUGAUUCAACAUUUACCCGAAUUGACACGCCGACUUCAAUUGAAAUUGUUGUUCCCACUGGAAGUGAAUUCGGUGGAAACUUAGGAGUAGGAAUACCUAGACAAAGAGCCACUAGUGUAAGCCACGUGCUACGACCUUCAAAAUCAAAAGAUACUUCAACUUCGACACAUUUGUUACCACCAUCCCCGUCUACCGCCAAAUUUCUUAAUAAUUCAAGCUUACCUUCUCAAGGAUCACCCACACGGCCAAUAUUUCCCAGUCAAUCAUCAAUAAUAUUAAAUACAGGGCCUGAGCUUCGUCCAUUAAAAAUGGAUAAUUAUCGGGGUACUAGUGAAGUUUAUGAAGACUUAACAAAAACUACAGACGAUCUUUUACAAUGGAUGACGCUUUUAGAAGCUGGUAUUAAUCAGCUAAUGACACGAUUUUGA